CAGGCUGAAAAGAACAAGGAUGCCAAGGACAACGAAUUUGUGGCCGUGUACAAGGAGCCAGCCUUGUUGCCCGAGAUCUACCGCAGUCACUUUGAAAAGGCUGAAGCAGGCGAGCUCCCUGCUUCGAGCCUUGUUGCCCAUGGUCCUCUGCGAGGCAGUCACAAGUCCCUCAGCAGCAGCAGCAACAUCGUUGGCAACAACAUGAUGAAUCACAGCCUGAUGAAGAAGAUGAUGGCCGACGGCAACGGCAAGAACAUGAUGGGACUGAUGAGCUGCAUGUCGACAUGCAUGCAGCAGUUUCAGCAGCAGUCCAACAGCUCGCAACUGCCGGGCUUCAAGUUGUUGGGAAAAGCCGGCGGCAACGAAGCCAGUCCAAAUCGGGCUACAAGCAUGAUGGCGACGACGAGCCCACCGCACGACUCACGACUCUCCAGACCUCAUCAUCAGCAGCUUGCUGUGCCCGCCAGCCCGGUGCAGCCUCAUCAGCAGCAGCUUGCUGUGGCCGCAAGCCUGGUGCAGCCUCACGAUCAGCAGCUUGCUGUGCCCAUGGCUGGGCAGGAGCCUGUGGGUCCGGCCGAGCAGGCUCGUCAGAUGCUUGCUGCAUGGAAUGCAAACAAAGCGGCAGCAGAGGGAGAUGAGGAAGAUGAGGAGACUGAGAAGCCCCGGAAAAAGCCUGCCGCAAAGCUCCAGCAGACGAAGAGUGUGCAGCCGAAGAAGAAGCCGGCAGCGAAGGCGAAGUCGCAGUCCCAGCCCAAGCUGGGCAUCAAGAUUCCGAGCAUGAGCAAGAGGUUGAAAUUGCGACCCAACGGCUGCGGCAAAUGCCGCAACCGUUUUGAGGUCUCUGGGCUGGACUGGGGCCAGGGCCAGGGCCACGGACUCCAGGCCUUUUGGCUCUUUGGUUUAGGCUAUCUAAUGUUGCAGACACUAUCCAGGAAAGUUUUCACCACCCAAAGAGCCCUCGCUCAGAUCCUGAAGGAGAUUCGUGAGCUGGAUGAGCUACCUGCAGCUACAGGCCGGAGCUCGGUGAAAAGAGCUCGUGAAGAACUGCUGCAUGAUUAUGCUACCCCUUAUGGGCCCAUCUACAUCGAGCCCACACUUCAGAAGGAAGACGGCACCGAUGUUACAAUUCCGAUUUUGAGUCCAGCUGCAAUGCUGGCUUGGGCAUGCGAGCACUGUGCAGCCUUCGGCCAGCUCUUGCAGAAGCAAAUGGCACUGAAGCCGCCGACCUACGAGAAGCCUUGGACUCUGAUUUGGUAUUCGGACGAAAUCGCACCGGGCAAUCAACUGAAGCACGUGAACCGUCGCAAGGCCCAGGUCAUCUAUUGGUCCCUGCAAGAACUGGGAGCCCAUGCGAUGUCCUGCGAGUCGUGCUGGUUUACCUUGACGGCGGUUCGCAGCACCGUGGUCGCAGACAUGGGGGGGAUGGCGGUUUUGUUCCGCCAGCUGGCCAGGUUUUUUUUCGAGCCCCCCGAUUGGCGGCAGGGACUUCUGGUCAACUGCCCCAUCGGCUCUCCCCCUCUGUUUGCCGAUCUUGGCAUACUAAUCUCCGACGAAGCUGCUAUAAAGCAAACCCUCUGCAACAAGGGUGCUUCUGGACUCGUGUUCUGUGUGCACUGCCAGAAUGCAGUCGACCACAAGUCGCACGUUGCUGCCAGCAGUCGGGGCACACAAGUAUCCAGCCUGGAGACCGACAUUUCCAGAUUUCGUCGCCAGACGAAGGAGUCCAUCAAAGCCUAUAUGGACUACCUCGCUGAGCAGAAGCCCUUGCAGACCAAGACAAAGUUCGAAAAGCUGCAGACUGCCCUGGGUUUUAGCUUUAAACCCAUGGGCUUACUGGCCCAUGCAGCCUAUGGCCCCAAGCUGAUAGACUGCAUUAUGUUCGACUGGAUGCACGUCUACCUGGUCUCAGGGCUGUUCAAUGUGCUGACAGGGCUUUUCCUUGGAGACCUCCAUCACAAUGGCUGGAAGCACAACGACAUUGAGCGGUUCGCAAGGACUUUCACAUGGCCUGCACGUCUGCGAGGUGCUGCCCCGAAGGAUGUGUUGCAAAAGAGAGGAUCCUACAGUGAUCCUCUCAAGUGCAGUGCAUCGGAGGCUCUGAACUUCCUGCAGGUGCUGCGAACCUAUCUUGUGCUCUGGGUGCUGCCGCAAUGCAACGAGGACAUGAGCCAUCUGGACCUCGCUAAGACCCGCUACGGUCUGAUGAGCUGCUUUGUGCACGAAAGAAAGCACAAAAUCAUCAAGAAAAUCACAAACCAAGUACUCGACACAAGUCGGGCUUUUGAGAAGAGCAUACUCGAUGAUGUGCUACAUGGGCAUUUGCAGCAGCUCGCCGAUCCGGCUUUUCUCCCAGGAGAAGGGGUGCACUUGGUUCAGCCUGUGCGACCAGCCCCUGCCAAGCUCCAAGCCGAGCUCCGGCGAUGCAUGAACAUCCAGGGCGAGAUCAUGACAGCAAACCAGGCUGUGCAUGCAGGGAACUUCACAGUUUCGGCAAAAGACCUCGCGGCUUUGCAUCUGGAUGGUGAAAGGCUUGUCGGCAGGGUGGGCUACCACGUCCAAGCAGAUGGGACAUGCUGGUCACAUGUCACUCUUUGGAACCACGUGCAUGGAGCCAUGUUCACCCUGUCGGACGAUGUGGCCCUUGUAGAAACCAAGCAUAUCCAUGCCACUUGUGCCUUCAGUGUGCAAGGCGACAGUGCUGUCGUGGUGCUGCCAUGA